AUGCCCAACACGCACUGGGCUUUCCUUUUUGUGGUUCUCUUAGCACAUUCCUGCAAUGGAUUCUACCUCCCUGAUAGCUACAUGCACACCUAUUCAACAGGGGACAAGAUAUUUGCGAAAGUCAAUUCGUUAACUUCGAUUGAGACGGAGCUUCCAUUCAGCUACUACAGUCUUCCUUACUGCAAGCCAGAUGAGGGAAUCAAGAAAAGUGCAGAGAAUCUUGGAGAGCUUCUCAUGGGAGAUCAGAUUGACAACUCGCCCUAUAGGUUUAGAAUGAAUGUCAAUGAAUCUGUUUACCUCUGCACUACACCUCCCUUGAGUGAACACGGGGUAAAGCUAUUGAAGCAGAGAACUCGAGAUCUCUAUCAAGUGAAUAUGAUUCUAGAUAAUCUGCCUGUGAUGAGGUAUGCUACUCAGAAUGGAAUCAAGAUCCAGUGGACUCGAUUUCCAGUUGGGUACACACCACAGAACAACAAUGAAGAUUACAUUAUUAAUCACCUCAAGUUCACUGUAUUGGUUCAUGAGUACGAAGGAAGAGGGGUGGAGAUAAUUGGUACUGGUGAAGAAGGGAUGGGUGUGAUUUCUGAAGGAGAUAAGAAGGUUGCUUCUGGAUAUGAGAUAGUCGGCUUCGAAGUUGUGCCGUGUAGUGUUAAGUACGAUUCUGAAACAAUGAUCAAGCUCCACAAGUAUGACAACAUCACCUCCCCGAGCUGCCCAUUGGAGCUUGAGAAGUCUCAAAUCAUAAGGCAACAAGAAAGGGUUUCAUUUACUUACGAGGUUGAGUUUGUGAAAUCUGACGUCAGAUGGCCAUCUCGUUGGGAUGCUUACUUGAAAAUGGAAGGUGCCAGAGUUCACUGGUUCUCGAUCCUAAACUCGCUCAUGGUUAUCUUCUUCUUGGCGGGUAUAGUGUUCGUAAUAUUCCUGAGAACAAUGAGGAGAGAUUUGACUAGGUACGAGGAACUGGACAAGGAAGCUCAAGCCCAGAUGAACGAAGAACUUUCUGGGUGGAAGCUUGUUGUUUGUGAUGUGUUCUGA